CUGCGUUUGCGCUGAGCAUGCGUUUUUCGCUGAGCAUUUGCCCUCGGAGAGCGACGCGUCGGCGCUGAUGGCCCAGAACAGGCGGCGCGGGGCGUGGGCGGAGGGCGCGGGCGGAGAGCGCGGGCGUGGGAGUGGAAAAGAAGUGAUCGUGCACGGGUCUCGGUUGGGAGUGGGCCAUAAAGAGGAGACGUCUCGGGAGACAGCGCUAUCAGUCAGAUGGUGGCCUAUGCGCCGGUUUGGUUGCGGUGUGGGCCGUCAUCAGUUGUUCCUUGCAGGCCCCGUGCACGUUUAAAUACAGGCAAUUGCAGUUUUUCAGGAGUGUGUGUUUGUUGCAGACAGCUGUGUAUAGUUGCAAGUGCCGACUUUCUAGUAACCAGCACCAGCCAUCGAUUUGCAUCAGAUCGAUAAAGCACGCCUUUGCAGCAGCCAAACCAAGCUAACCCACGCAACCAGUACACAAUGUCUAGCGGCUCUAAGCUCUCGUGGCUCGUCAACUUGGACGUGACCAAGACGCCAGAGAGAAACUUCAGACGGUCGUCGAUCAUCGGGACGAUCGGGCCUAAGACCAACACGGUCGAGAUGCUUGUGGCCUUGAGAAAGGCUGGGCUGAACAUCGUGAGAAUGAACUUCUCCCACGGCUCGUACGAGUACCACCAGUCGGUGAUCGACAACUCGAGAAAGUCGGAGGAGGUGUAUCCGGGCAGACCGUUGGCGCUAGCCUUGGACACCAAGGGCCCGGAGAUCAGAACAGGCACCACCAGAGACGGCAAGGACUACUCCAUCCCAGCCGACCACGAGAUGCUUUUCUCCACGGACGACAAGUACAAGGAGACUUCCGACGACAAGAUCAUGUACAUCGACUACAAGAACAUCGUCAAGGUCAUCCAGCCGGGCAAGAUCAUCUACGUCGACGACGGUGUCCUGUCGUUCCGUGUCUUGGAGAUCGUCGACUCCCAGCACAUCAAGGUCAUCUCUGUGAAUGCAGGUAGAAUCUCCUCGCACAAGGGAGUCAACUUGCCAAACACAGACGUCGACCUUCCUGCACUAUCCGAGAAGGACAAGCAGGACCUGGCCUUCGGUGUCAGAAACAAGGUCCACAUGGUCUUUGCGUCCUUCAUCAGAACCGCCAACGACGUGCGUGAGAUCAGACAGGUGUUGGGCGAAGAGGGCAAGGACAUCAAGAUCAUCGUCAAGAUCGAGAAUCAGCAGGGUGUCAACAACUUCGACGAGAUCCUCCAGGAGACAGACGGUGUCAUGGUGGCCCGUGGUGACUUGGGUAUCGAGAUCCCUGCUCCUCAGGUGUUCAUUGUCCAGAAGCAAUUGAUCGCCAAGUGUAACUUGGCCGGUAAGCCGGUCAUCUGCGCAACCCAGAUGUUGGAGUCCAUGACCUACAACCCGCGUCCAACCCGUGCAGAGGUCUCCGACGUUGGUAACGCCAUUGUCGACGGUGCCGACUGUGUCAUGCUUUCCGGUGAAACCGCCAAGGGUGACUACCCUGUCGAGGCCGUUUCCAUGAUGCACCACACCGCCUUGAUUGCAGAAAUGACCUUGCCUUACUACACCCAGUUUGCGGAGUUGAGAGAAGCCACCAAGAAGCCUUGUGACAUCCAAGAAACCAUCGCCAUGUCCGCUGUCACCGCCACUUUCGAGCAAAACGCCAAGGCCAUCAUCGUUCUAUCCACUUCCGGAACAACCGCAAGACUCUGCUCCAAAUACAGACCUAACUGUCCAAUCUUGAUGGUUACCAGAAACGACAGAUCCACCAGAUUCUGCCAUCUUUAUAGAGGUGUUUACCCAUUCCCUUACACGGGUGCACAUGAAGAAAACUGGAUCACCGACGUUGAGAACAGAGUUGCGUACGCAAUCGAUGAGGCUCUCAACUUGAACAUCAUCAAUAAGGGCGAUACCGUCGUCGUUAUCCAAGGUCACCAAAGAGGUAUUGGUCACUCCAACACCAUGAGAUUGGUUAAAACUUAAAGCUCGACAGGACCUUAGUCAUAUAUACAUUUUCUUCUUUGAAAAUUACCUUUUCCGAAACGUUUAUAUUUACCAAUGUUAGUUUGUAUGCUA